UGUUCACUUAAAUUGUUACGUACAAUUUACACCCCGCGCUCGCUUCUGAAGACUGCAAGCAGUCGGGACUGGCAAGUACGAAAAGUGCUUAAAUCGACAGUGGUUGCUAGUCCAUUCAUAACAGUCGAGCUGGUUGUCUGUCACUGGGCGGUGGUCACAAGUGGACAUUAACGUUAGGAAAAUGGCGAAGCGGAGGAUCACACAAGAAACCUUUGACGCUGCUGUCAGGGAAAAUAUUGAGGAAUUUGAGAUGGAUCCUGAAGAGGCUUUGAGGGAGGCUGUGGAGCAGUUUCAGUCUCAAGGUGUCGAGCUCAGUUGUAUAGUAAAAGCUGUACCAGCUGUAUCAUCUGAUAACAAACAAGAAGAGCAAACACAUGAGAUCUUACAGGCUUUGGAUUGCCUCCGAAUUGGAAAAGACUCUGCUGGUGUUACAGUAGUGAUGGCAGACAUGAAACGCUUCACUGAGCAAUGUUCACUUGGAUUUGCCCAGAGGUACCUGGCUGCCCAAAAAGACGCCUACCCUGUCAUCCUGUCUUACUGCAAAAAAAGUUUGGAGGAUCAGGAAGCUGUGUUGUCCGCCCUGUCUGCUAUGGCUGCACUGACAGAUGGACAGCCAGACUUGUUGGAUGCAGAGGGCCAGCAGUUCCUUUUAGAUGUCCUUAAGAAGUACCAGGCAAAUUCCUCUGUGAUGUAUGCAGCCAUCCACGCUGUGCGUCACUGUUGUUUGAAACAUGAACAGAACAGGCAGGAUUUGGUAAAAGGUGGCGUCCUGCCUCUGCUGACGGGUGCCAUUGCACAACACAGUGGAUGUGCUGAGGUGAUCAAGGAGGCCAGUGUUGCCCUCAGAGUCAUGACCUUUGAUGAUGAUGUCCGAGUUACAUUUGGACAUGCCCAUGAACAUGCCAAAAUCAUUGUUCUUGAGCACAAUGGACUGAAGGUUUUAAUUGAGGCUGCAAAAGCUCACCUUGAUAAUACUUCUGUUUUGAGUGAGCUUUGUUCAACUUUGUCCCGUCUGGCUGUGAGGAAUGAGUUCUGUCAAGACAUCUGUGACCUGGGGGGAUUGAAACUCAUGAUGACUCUGCUUGCAGACAGCUACGAGUCACCGGAGUUAGUGCGGCAGAUCCUCAGUGCAAUACGAGCCAUAGCAGGAAAUGAUGAUGUGAAAGAUGCAGCUGUUAAUGCUGGUGGAGUCCAGCUCAUUGUCAUUGCCAUGAACAGACACAUGAGCAACUCAGGGGUGUGUGAGCAGGGCUGCGCAUGCCUCUCUGUACUUGCUUUGCGUAAACCCAACAACUGCAAAGUCAUCAUGGAGAAUGGAGGUGCCCUGGCAGCUAUACAGAGUAUGAAGACACAUACUGAUGCGGUCAAUGUGCAGAAACAGGCGUGUAUGCUGUUGAGAAACCUGGUUUCACGUAUGCACAACUACAGCCAACCCAUCCUGGAGAUGGGAGCAGAGGCCCUGAUAGCCCAAGCACUAAAGACCCAUCAAGACUGUGGUGACGUGGGUAAAGCAGCCCUCAGAGAUCUGGGAUGCCAGGUGGAAUUUCGAGAGCUGUGGACCGGCAAACAUGGUAGCCUCGCCAAUUGAAAAUAGCAGAGGACAUCGCUGUAGAUACUUAACAUGAAUUUGCCUGAAAUGCAGUUUAAGGCUAGAUGUAAUGUUAUUACGUUGGUUUACUCAGCUAAGAGUUAAAGCAGAUGCACAUAGCGAGCUAGACAUAUUUGUAAAAGGUAGUUGAUAGAGAAAAGGCUAGUGAACAACUCACCAAUUCUACAAAACACCUUUCAGCGGUUGAAUAUAUUUUCCACUUCUGUUCUUGAGUUACAAAAAGGUGCCUGUAAUUCUGUUGUACAUGUUUUUCUUCUAUUAAUAUUUUGUUUACUGAUUUUCUGUUGCCCAGUUUUGUAUUUGUGCCACACCUAUGUUCAUGUGAUGUUUGUGUGUCUUUUGCCACAAGUAUAUUUAAAAGUAUUUACUGCUUGGCAAAUACUUUUAACUGCA